AUGGCUUAUUGGACAUGUCAUAAGGAGAAAAUUGAGGGUGAUGAUGUUAAUUACAAGCCAAUGUCAAUUGUAAAAGAUAUGAGUUUAUCAUAUGGAGUUCAUAUGAGCUAUGCUAAAGCUUGGAGGUGUCGAGAGCAUGCAUUGGCUUACAUAAGAGGUACACCAGAAUCAUCAUUUCAGAAACUUCCCUCAUUUCUAUACAUGAUGGAGCAAAAAAAUCCUGGAACUGUUACUCAUUUGCAGAUGAACAAUAAAGAUGGAACCUUCUUCACUACUCGGUGUGGAGGUACUUUGUUAUGUGCCAUGGGACAAGAUGCUAACAAGCAAAUAUAUCCAAUUGCAUUUUCAGUAGUUGACUCAGAGAAUAAUGACUCAUGGUUGUAUUUUCUACUGAUGUUGAAGGAAGCGAUUGGUGAAGUAGAGAAUCUAGUAUUCGUGUCUGAUAGACAUACUAGUAUAGCAAGUGCCUUGACUAAAAAAUUUCCUAAGGCACACCACGGUGCUUGUAUACAUCAUGUUAGCAUGAAUAUCCGUGCGAAGUUCAAAGCUGACCAUUUCCAUGAAGAAUUCUUCCUUGCAGUGAAAGCUUAUAGAAAGCGAGCGUUUUUGCGCCAUUUUGAGAAGAUUAAAUUCAAAGAUCUUGCAAUUGCUAAAUACUUAGAGAAUCAAGUGGGUUUUGAAAAGAAUAAUGUCAUUGCUAAGGCACGUGGGUGGCCAAUUACUUGUCUCAUGGAAUUUAUGAGGUACACUUUACAAAAAUGGUUUUUCGAGCGUCGAACAGCAGAAUCAGCGGCUACAGGUCCUCUUGCCACAGAAGUGGAAGCUGAUUUGCGAAAGUUAGCAGACAAGUCCACUACCUCGUUCCCUUUUCCGUCUAGUCAGUAUGAAAUAACAAUAUUGGAUGGUGACCUUGAUGGAGAUGUCGACCUGAGGAGGAAAAAAUGUAGUUGUAGAAGAUUUGAUUUGAUAGGUCUUCCUUGUGAACACGCUCUAGCUGGUGCUCGAGAUCGUGGCAUUAGUCCAUAUACUUUAUGCUCCAGAAUCUACACAGCUGAAGCGUGGUUGUCAUCCUAUGGUGGAUCUGUAUAUACGCUGGGUAAUGAAGAAUCUUGGGUGUGA